GUUUUAGCCGCUCCUGGGCGGCUAGUUCAAGUUGCCAUAGCUGCGAGUCCCGGGUGAGCAGAGUCUGUUGCGCCGCAGCGUUGGGUCAGUUGCACCUUCGGGGUCCCUGGUAGCCGCGGGAGUCGGAUGGGGCCUCGGCGAUGAUCCGGCGUUAAGAACCUGGAGUCACCUUGGGUCUAAGGUGUUUUUGGGGACGUGUAGAGGCAAUCCAAAAGAUCAUCUACUUGACUAGACCUUUUGCCCGGAAUCUCAUGAAGAAAUGAUAGGAGGUAGGCACCCGUGCCUAAGAAGAGCACCGAGCUCAAAGGACAGCAGCACAGAAUUCUGGGAGUGUACUUUUGUUGGGACGUGCUUUGUGUGUGUAGAAGUCAGAAGACAGCUUUUGGAGUUGAUUCUCCUCUUCCAUUGUGGACUCCAGGGAUCGAACUCAGCAGGAGUUCCACCAGAUGCAGGAGUCUGAACAACUCUCAUUGCUCAAAGUAAUUGAAAUUAAUAGCAGAAGACUUAGUGUGCACCCGGGAAGCUCAUGCCAGAAAGUGAUUCCAUCCUAUUGAAAGUAUGUAAUCCUAGCUGGGGAUUCGUAUACAUCAAUGGCAGGAUCAUCCAGCGAUUCCGACCACUUCCGUUAUAGUGACCGAUUUAGUCGACGGGCAGCCAGGACAAUUCAGAGGAAUAUUGGAAGUUAUCCUUCAAUAGAUGUCACUGCAAAGGUCAACACUAUAACCAGUACUUUACAGGACAUCAGUGGGAACCUGCGACAAGUGGAUGCGAUGCUUGGGCGAUAUCGAGACUAUAGCAUCGGACAGGCAGGUGCUAUCGGGCAGUUAAAAGAAGAUUUGGAGCAGUCAAUAAGCCAACUGCGGAGUCAGCGCUUACAGAGAAACUCAGGAGGGAGAAGCACUUCUGUUACCACCCUGAGUGCAAGUGAUCUCGAUGGUGGAGUUGGGACAGAGAGCCUCCACUUUACACCUACCUCACCUCUGAAGGACUAUGACCCACAGGGUAUUAAACGAAACAGGUCCAGAAUUGGUGCUCAGUUUGUUCGGGAGACAGACGACAUGGCCCAGCUUCAUGCUUUUCAUCAGUCCCUUCGAGACCUCAACAGUGAACAAGUUCGGCUUGGAAAUGAUUUCAACAGGGAGUUUUCCAGAAGAAGCCGGUCAGAUGCUGAAACAAAAAGGGUUUUGGAAGAAUUGACUGAAAAGAUUAAUGAAGUCCAGAAACAAGAUGUGGUUUCAGAUCGAGUGGAGCGGCGGCUUCAGGAAAUAGAGAGAGAAAUGCGCACAGAAAGAGAGCUGGUGGAAAGACGCCAGGAUCAGCUGGGAGUCAUGUCCUUGAAGCUUCAGGAGGCCCUGAAGAAACAAGAAGCUAAAGCAGAUGAGAGUGAGGACAUCAUAAAAAACAAGCUGCGACAAACUGAAAAUGAGAAGAGCCAACUGGAACAGGAAUUGGAGCUCUCACGCAGGCUGCUGAAUCAAUCUGAAGACAACAGAGAAACACUUAUGCAUCAGGUGGAAGAACUGCGUACACAACUUGCAAAAGCAGAAGGUGACCGGAAGGGUUUACAACAUCAAGUAUCUUACACUUCCAAGCAACAGUCAAACCAGCAGGAUGAUCAAAGAGAUGACUGGAGGUUUAGAAGAGGUAUAAUUCUGGAUGCUGGCUGUGUGGCUUCCCAUCCCCAGAGGUGCACUCCUCAUGUCAUACCUAACCUUUUCAAAUUUCUUAAUCAUAUACAAGGUUUUCCAACAGCAGUAGAGCGGGAGAAACAGAGUCUGGAGAAGCAGUUGGCAGAACUGCGAGUGCACCUGAACUUCAACGCCAUGGCUUCCGAGUUAGAGGAAGUGAAGCGGUGCAUGCAACGGAAAGACCAGGAGAAAGCCAGACUGGAGACAAAGAUAGAGACUCUAACAUUGGACUUGGAGACCAAGGAAAAACAUCAGUUGCAGAUGUUGGAUCAACUUAAGGAGAUCCAGAAUCACUUUGAGACCUGUGAGGCCAAUCGUAAGCGCAGUGACCUCCAGAUUGUAGAGCUGAGUCACCACGCAGAGGAUGCAACCAAGCAGGCAGAAUACUACCUCAGUGAAUUCCAGAGGUCAGAAGCCCUGCGAGAGGAGGCAGAGAAGAGGAGAGAGGACCUGAAAGCAAAGGCCCAGGACUCCAUCCGCCAGUGGAAGCUGAAGCAUAAGAAGCUGGAGCGGGCACUAGAGAAACAAGCAGAAACCCUUGACCAGCUGACAGAUAAGAACAACCAGAUUCUAAAAGAGAAGGACGAAUUGAAAAGCCAGCUUUACGCAGCAAUACAACAGAUAGAGAAUCUCAGGAAGGAACUGAAUGAAGUCUUGACCAAGCGUGCCCUGCAGGAGGAGGAGCUUCACAGUAAGGAGAAGAAACUCAGUGACAUUCAGUCUCACCAAGCUGAACUUGAACAGGAGGUCAAGAAUUCCCUGAAAACCAUCCAUCAACUGGAAAGUGAAUUGAAAAGACAGAACAAGAUGCAGAGCCAGAUCAAAGCCGAGAAAAUUCACCUGGAGGAAGAAAUUGCAGAGCUAAAUACUAGCCAGGCCCAGGACAAAGCCAAACUUCUUGAGAUGCAAGAGUCCAUCAAGGACUUGAGUGCCAUUCGAGCAGAUCUUGCUAAUAAACUGGCUGAAGAAGAGAAAGCCAAGAAAGCUGUGCUCAAGGACCUGUCUGAAUUGAUGGCCAAGGCAAAGUCUAAAGAGGAAGAAAUGGCUACCAUUAUCACACAGUUAAAGCUGGAACGAGACGUUCACCAGAGGGAGCUGAAUGAUCUUACAUCAUCACUGCAAAGCGUGAAAACAAAGCACGAACAGAAUAUCCAGGAGCUGAUGAAGCACUUUAAAAAAGAAAAGAAUGAAGCAGAGAAUCACAUCAGGACACUGAAGGCAGAAAGCCUGGAAGAUAAGAACCUGGCUAAAGCCCACAGCUGUCAGCUAGAGGAGCUGAAAUCCCAGUGUGAGAAACUGACAGAGGAAUUAACCCAGAAUGAAAAUGAGAACAAAAAACUGAAGCAUAAGUACCAGUGUCUGAAGGAGCAACUGGAGGAAAAGGAGAGACAUAUAAGUAAUGAAGAAGAACACUUAAGGAGGAUGGAAGAGACCAGGCUACAGCUUAAGGACCAGCUUCUUUGUUUGGAGACGGAGCAGGAAUCCAUUCUUGGUGUAAUAGGAAAGGAAAUUGAUACAGCUUGUAAAACUUUCUCCAAAGACUCCAUGGAGAAAUUGAAAGUAUUUACUUCUGGUCCUGAAAUACAUUAUGACCCACAUCGAUGGUUAGCUGAAAGCAAGACCAAGCUUCAGUGGCUCUGUGAGGAGCUGAAAGAGAGAGAAAGCAGAGAGAAGACCGUGCGGCAGCAGCUGGUGCUCUGCAGACAGGAGCUCAGGGACCUGACGGAGCACAAGGAGUCUGAGCUCCUGUGUCUGUUUGAGCACAUUGAACGACAGGAGCAGCUUCUGGAGGAGUUCCACCAGGAGAAGAGAGGUCUGCUAGAAGAGACUCAAAGAAAAGACGAAGAAAUGGAGACUCUACAGCCGAAUCUGCUAUUUAAACUUCCACCUUGGGAAGAAGCUAGUCAGUCUGCAGUGAAAUCUCAGAAUGCAACUCAAUUUGAAGAUAAAGCAGACCGUGUAAAUGCAUUAGAAACGAGUACCCGAGUGGCCCUAGACCAUCUGGAGUCUGUGCCUGAGAAACUGAGCCUGCUCGAGGAUUUCAAAGACUUCAGAGAUCCCUCCAGUUUAUCUGAGAAAACUGAUGCCAGAUACUCCAGAUACAGAAUUCAACGAGAUUCUGUUCAGCUGCGCCGAGAAGACAUCAAAUACAGACUCAAGAACUUUAAAGACAACAGGCCCUUUUCUGAAAGUUCCCAAACUCGAGGCCUAGGUCACUCAUCCUCUUGGCAGGAUGGCAGUUACUUGCUGUCUGGUCCACGGUUUUCACCCUUGCCAACAUUAACCAAAAGAACCAUUGCCCCAGAUCUAGCUUCAAUCAAGGAAGAUGCCGCAAGUUUACCAGUGAAUGGAACAAACCCACAGUCCAAGAAGGAGGAAUAUGAGAGCAAAAAAUACAAAAUAUAACUCAAAACUUUACUUGAGCAUUUUACAGAUAAUACCCUAUGGUUUUUCUUUUGCCAUUUGACUCAAAUUAUCUAAAGACACCAUGUGGCUUUGGCUCCUUGGAACUGCCAAGCAUCGCCUAACAUGACAUUACAGUUGGUCUUUGUGAGUGAGAGAAAGUUUAUCCAGUGGAAGUAAUAUCAACCUAUGAAUGAUACACAGCUCACUUAGAGGCAGCUCAUUCAGGCAGAUAAAGUGAUAAUUUUUGCUUUAUAUUUCCCCAUCUUUCAGUGUCAUACUUUUCCAACCCAACCUUGAAUAUAUAAUUGAUGCCUUUCAAAAAUGACUGGCUGAAAGGGAAAAAAAAAAAAAGAAAAAAAAAAAAAAAGAGCUCCCUCCAGGCAAAGUUUUCUAGCAGUUUAGAUUCAGGAGCAUUUGGACACGAUUGAUUUCUAAAUGCUUUUUCCCUAAUCAAUUCUCCUGUGUUGUAACAUGUCAUGGAGAUGCCUGUGUAAUAUUAGGCUGCCUUUCAAAUGCUUAUCAUCUUUCAUCUGUCAUCUCAGCAGUCUCUUACAACAUGUAGUCUCUUAAAACUAAUGCAAUCUUCACUUUUAACUGCAAAAGAAUUUAUAAAGGAUGGCUGAAUCGUAGAGCACUGGAAAGAAUUCACAGCAGCAUUUAUUUAUUUGUCUUGUUGUGGCCAAAUGUCCCACUGUGAUCACUCCAGUCACACCCUGGAUGAUCUUUGCUUUGCUCUGAUCCAAAUCCCAGCACCGCUCUCCUGUGACAGUGGGGUUCACUCUGCAAGAGUCCCUGUGUACUUUGGUACUACCUGACUGCUUUUCAUAUCCCAGCCUUUUCAACAUCAAAGUGUUUGUAAAACCUUACCACCUUUCCACGUCCAACUACCAGUGAAGAAAAUUUUAUAUUACAAUGCUAAAUAAUGGCCACCAUCCAGGAAGUGAGUCCCACUGGGCCAUGGUGGAACAACUCUGCACAGAUACAGGAACAAUAAAGCUAUUCCUUUGUAAUGUA